AUGUCGUUCCGCCCGGGGUCCCGCAUCUUCAGCGCCUUCCGGCCCUUCUUCCGCCAGCAGCGCAACCAGUCCACCGCUGCGCCCGAGCAGUCCGGCUUUGCGAAGCUAUGGCACAGUCCCGUCGGGCCUAAGACGGUGCAUUUCUGGGCGCCCAUCAUGAAAUGGGGCCUCGUCAUCGCCGGCGCCUCGGACCUCACCCGCCCCGCCUCGCAGCUCUCCCUCAACACAAACGCCGCCCUCAUGACCACCGGCCUCAUCUGGACCCGCUGGUGCUUCGUCAUCCGGCCGCAGAACAUCUUCCUCGCGACCGUCAACUUCUUCCUAUUCCUCACGGGUGCCACGCAAACGACCAGGAUACUGAUGUACCAGCGCAGCUUGAAAGGCGCCGAGGGUCAGGCCGAGGCUGAGGGAAAGGAGAUGAAGGAGGAGAUUAAGGAGGUGGCCAAGGAUGUGCAGGCAAAGGUGGAGAAGGUCAUCAAGUCGUAG